AUGUAUUCUAUUAAAAAAAAGUCAACCUUUGGUCUAAUAGCUGCCAUAUUCCUUAUCACAGCAAGCUUAUUUUACUUAAAAGCAACAAAAAGAAGGAGCCAUGACACCAUUCCAGUCAUCUUUCCGGGGACUUUUGAAUUAAAUAAUAUAAGCACGGAAGAAAAAUUUUUAUCUUAUUUGCCACAUUCUGGAUUUCAUAAUCAAAGAAUAGAACUUGAAAACGCCUUACUCUUGGCAACCUACCUCAACCGAACCUUACUUGUCCCACCCGUCAUGUUGGCAAGUCCAGCCAUGCCAUGGUCAAAAUAUGACAAGUUGUACGAAAGAUUAUUGUUUCAGAGUAAAGCUGGAUUAAAACACUGUGUGUCGAUACCAUCAGAUAUGCCUUUACCUGCAGAAUGCUUGAAUAGUUUUAGAUAUACAAAUGUACCUUGGUCAUUCUUUUACAACAUGUCAGAAAUACAGCAACGGACUGUACCUUUACUAUUCAGAGACAGUCUGAGUUAUCAAUGGAUUUACACUCAUUUGGAUGUAACAGCUAAAGAUGUCUAUUUCUUUAAGGAUCUCAUGCCUUAUGAAUAUCAAAUCAGUGAUGACCCAACCGCCGAUUUACCACUUGACAGAUUCAAUUACCGCAUUGAUCUAGAUACACUCAAAGAUAUCGAACACCGUGUCUUACAUUUUGGUUCCAUGUUUGGAUCCUAUCGAGUUCUGGCAGAGACGCCCGAGCAUCAGCAAAUCCUUCGCGACAUUCGUUCCAGCAUGAUCUUUCGUCAUCCUGUACUCAGUCAUGUGACAGAAAAGAUAGUGAAGAAACUAGGAGGCACAAACCAAUUUGUAGGGAUGCAUAUCCGUGUAGGAGAUGGCAUUUUCAAAUUAAGAGCUUCUAUCCACAUCGACGAUAUCUUUCAUUCGUUAGUGGAUCAAUUUACAGAUCUGACUUUGGAACAAGUCACUCAAUACGAUCCUAAACAUGAUCAGGACAGAUUGGAGUCAACAGAUUAUGAAGUUGUAUUACGUAGUAUGCCCGUAGAAUCAAAUCAUACCAAGCCUAUCGAAGUGCAUCAUGAUACCCCUAUUAUCCUGACUGAACCUAAAACGACUAUGCACUGCCAGGACCCCUUGGACGAUGUCACUGCUCGUUUUAGACAUACUGUACUCUAUAUCGCAACCGAUGCACCCAACCCAAGACAUCAUCCUCUUUUACAGAAACUGUUUAGAGUGUUCCCUUGUACAUUUGUUCUCUCUGAUUUUGACGAGGAAGUAAAGGAGAUUCAAAAACUUCAAGUGGUAGAAGAAAAUGUCAAGCUCGACUCCUAUUUGAUACCCAUGCUUGAUGCCAUGAUCGCAGCCCAUGGACAUACCUUCUUUAGCACGCCACAUAGUACAUUUUCACAUUAUAUAGAAAGACAAUUGCAUCCAGUUUAUACUGGUAAACAAGUCCAAGUAAUAGGUUUAGAAGAGUAUUUAAAAAGUCAGUAA